AUGGCCCUCCUCCUCAUACUGUGCCUGCUACAAGGUUCCUCUUUGGCCCCUUCACACAGAGGACCCCAUCUCAGAUGGCUGCAGGGCGACUCUCUCCCCUCUGGCACCCACCUCUGUGCCAUGGAAGUGUUCACGUCUUCCUCACCCCUCUGCUGGCCGGAGGAGAGUUCUUUUGCAGUUGCAAGUACAUUGAAGGGCCCGAAGCUGGUGUCUGGGAAACCUGGGGGAGCUGUCACCAUCCAGUGCCAUUACAUUCCCUUGUCAGCCAACAGGCACCAGAGGAAGUACUGGUGCCGUCUGGAGGUACCAACGAGGAUCUGCCACACGAUUGUGUCCAGCAACCACUACACUCACCGUGACUACCAGGGUCGUGUGACUCUAGCAGACUUCCCACAGAGCAGCUUGUUUGUGGUGAGGCUGUCCCAACUGUCCCUGCGCGAUGUGGGACAAUACCGUUGUGGCAUCGGAGACAGAAACAACAGGCUGUUCUUGAGCAUGAAUCUGACCAUCUCUGUAGGUCCUUCCAAAGUUAUCCCCACAGCCACUUUGGCUGCCAGCGAGCUGGUCACGGUAUCCUUUGGGACAGGAUCUCCAGCAUCCAACAGAUGGACCUCAGGAGCUAUCCAAACUCUAGAAGGACAGGGGACAAAAUGGGACAGAGUUCCUUUGACUUCAGGAACCAGCCAAAGCACAGCGACAGCCAAGGGAAGACAAACCCCUGCUACAACCUGGGCAGAAACUCCUGAGACAGGCAGUGGGACAGAGGGUUCCAUUAAGGCAACAGUCCCCACGCCAGAGAGCCCAGCUUCAAAACUCAGCCGUUUGUCUAGCACAACAGAAAGUGUUCGGGAGGGGAGUAUCCAUAACUUAGUCACAAAUACAGCUAGGGCCAGCAAGGGCUGGGGGGAGAUGACUACUGAGGCUCAUAGGGCAGGGCAGGAAACAGACAGGGCCCGGACAGAUCCAGAUGCAGCCAGGAGAACCAGAGGAACCACGAGGCCAUCAGCCCCAGUCUCAGAACAACUGGCCCAGGAAACCCUCCGAGAAGCAACACCUGUUUCUAAGCAACCAGCCCCGGGUUCCACUGAGGAAGCAACCCCAACUACAGGCGUGUGGACCUUGAGCACCACCAGCAUGGAUACGGCAUCUGUGGAAGGAAGCACUUAUGGAGACCUAGACAGCACUGUUGGAGGCAGGGGUCCCCAAGCAACGCCAAGUCAGGCCCCAGGAACAGGCCCCCGAAAGCCCUCUGGCAUGGAGUCCUCUGUGAAGAGUGGUUUUCCAGAGGAAAUCAGCUCUCAGAUCCUGACUCCAGUCUGCGCUGUGUUAGCCCCAUUUCUGAUUGUGGCUCUGAUCCUAUUGCAAAGGAGACUUCGAAAAAACAGACCAUCUCAGGAGGCAGAAAGGGCAGCCCCCAGGGUCACCCUGAUUCAGAUGACACAUUUCCUGGAGCCCACCCUUUCACCAGCUCAGCUGCCUCAUGAGGAAAGGAAGAUGCUGCAGGGUGACUCUCCUACCCAAGCUGGUCCGACUGCCCCAGAGAGGGACCCAGGACUCUCAGGAAUGGAAAGAUAA